AUGACGGACGAUUUUUUCCUCAAGAAAAAAGAUGAACCUGAAAUUAUUCCAUUAAAUGAAAUGUUUAAGGCAUAUUGUGAAAUGGACAUAAUUUCUUUUGAGCAAAAUGUUGACCUAUUACCAUUAUCGCAAAGUGAUAAGUGGUUAAUUUCUGCUCGUAUACUCGACAUGGUUACAUUGACGACUACAGACACUGGUCUAGCAUUUUUUAAAUUUCGAAGGAGAGCCUUGUCCUUCGAAGAGUAUUUGCAGUACUUAAAAGAUCUGGCAGAAUCUAGAAAUAUAGACUUUGAAGAAAUGAAAUACAAGAUGCAAACAUGCGGGAAGCCCAAGAAAGCUGCUUAA